AUGGUAUUGUUUCUGCGCAAGAAUUUGGGUGGUUUAAUUUCGAAGCAAAAUUCAUCACUCUGCAAAUACAAUGUUUCUCUCCCUCAGUUGCUCCGCAAUUUAUCGGCGUCGCCGGAGAGAGAAGUAGUAACCGCCGCCGCGGUUCACGAUGUGCUGGUGAACAAACACGAUUUCUCUCCCGAAAUCGCUUCAGCGGUUUCCUCCGCUCUGAGCCGAUUCAGAUCCUUCCAAAAUGCCGAUUCGAUUCUCACUCUCCUCGAAGAGAACCGCUUUUCGAGUAGUCAGCUGCAGAGAAUCGUAAAAAUCUAUCCUGAGAUUCUGACGGCAAGAGCUGAUGCCGUCAGGCACAAGAUCAAAAUCCUCACUGACUUCGGCUUUUCUGCCGAGGAGAUUGCGAAGAUAAUGUCGUGCAGUAAUGAUACCGCGGAGAAGAAGAUCAUUCCGCAGCUCGCCACGCUCAAGGGCAUGUUGGGAUCCAACGACGAGGUAAUAGGGCUCGUGAAGAGAUCCGUGUGGUAUAUGACUGUGGAUUUGGAGAAUAUUUUCCUCUCAAAUGUUGAUUUCUUAAGGAGCUGUGGUGUGACUACGGAGGGUGUACGCGUCCUUCUGCAUAGUUACCCACGUUGGCUCUUGUUGAAGCCUGAUUUGAUGAGGAAGGCGGUGGAGAAGGCGAAGGAGAUGGGGGUAGAUCAAAGGAGCAAGACUUUUGUCUAUGCUAUUCGCGCCAUUGCUUCCCGUAGCAAGCAGAGUUUGGAGCUCAAGAUGCAGGGCUUUCGUGAUAUGGGAAUCUCAGAGAGUGAGGUAUUGGCGAUGUUUAGGAAGGCGCCCACAGCGUUCUGCAUUUCGUUGGAGAAGAUGAAGGAGAUCAAGAGUCUUCUGCUUGGUACCGGGAGGUACGAGAUGUGUGAUCUGAUCAGUGAUCCAUCGACAUUCAUGUGCAGCGUUGAGAAGAGGUAUAAGCCGCGGCUGCAGGUUCUGGAGAUGUUGGAGAGUAGGGGUCUGAUUGAGAAAUGGCCUGCUUUAUCAUCAAUUUGCAGAUGGACAAAUGAGAGGUUUGUGGAGAAAUAUGUGAGGCCCUAUUCAGAUGAACUUGGUGAAGUAUAUGGUGCAUUCAAGGGUAGUGAGAAAAUCAAGAAGUGA